GGUGCGCCCAAGGUCGCAGGCUGCCUGGCUGCGCUUUCAGUGGGGCCCCCGGGCGCCAGGCGCGGGGCGGGCUCUAGGCGGGCGGCCGGGGCGGGGACUGCAGAGCGGGCUGCGCUGCGCGGUCCCCACUGCCUGCCUCUGCGAUACCGGGCUGCAGCGCGCCAGUCACAUGGAGAAUCCUGAGGAGCCCGCGCCCGUGCGCGGAGGCCCGGAGGCCACCCUUGAGCUCCGUGGGUCGCGCUGCCUGCGGCUGUCCGCCUUCCGAGAGGAGCUGCGGGCGCUCUUGGUCCUGGCGGGCCCGGCGUUCUUGGUUCAGCUGAUGGUGUUCCUGAUCAGCUUCAUAAGCUCCGUGUUCUGUGGCCACCUGGGCAAGCUGGAGCUGGACGCAGUCACGCUGGCGAUCGCGGUAUGUGUUCCCUGCUGUACAAUCAAGUGGAGGUACCAGGUUCCAAAUAGGGAGCGCAUCAGACAUCCUGUGAUACCACUCCCCGGUUUGGGGGCCACUGCCCUGGACUCCCCAAAGCUUCAGGGUUUGCUGCUGACCCUGGUGAAG